UGGAGGCAAUCAGGUGUGCAGCCAACCAGCGUGUGCAGGUCCAGAUUGCUGAAAACAACGAGUUGAGAAGUCAUAUCGUCACUGUCAAAGAGCAGAUGAGUCAACAGGAGACCGACACACUUGGUAAAUAUUUGGACUCCCUCUGUGAAAGACGAAAGGAGCUAGUGAAGAUCCAAGAAACUAUCAUGAGUCAGAAUGAUGAUCUACAACUACAGCUAGAGGACUUGAAGGAUGAAACUGGACCUUACAGUGAAGCAGACUGAGAAACUGAAGUGCUACACAGCUGUGGUAACUGAAGACAGAGUAAAACUGCAGAGUAAUUUUCAAAUGGAAAGAGAAAACCUCUUGGUCGAUAGAGACGAACUGCACAGAGCUACCCAUUUGACUAAGGAGAAGGUAAUGCAACAGAAAGAUGUCCUCCUCAUCAAGGGUGGCAUUUUGGACGGAGUUAAUCAAAAGAAACUAGAUACUACUAACCGCCUGGGUGAGUUCAUGGUUCUCAUGGCUCGGCUGAAGAGUGAUGUGCAUGAAAAGGCAGUGGCCCUCCGCCAGUGUGAGGAACAAUUGAGAGUGGAGAUACAAAAGCAAAAUCAGCUGAAGCUGGAACAUGAAGGUUUGAUGAAUGAAUUUUCCAGUAUAGAACAUGGUUUCAAAACUGCUCUCCAGGUUGGUAGAGAGGAACUUGAGAAGUUAGAGGGCUUGAUUGUGAGAGAGAAAAGUUUGAGACUGCCAUUCCAAGAUUCAGCUGCUCAGACAUUAGAGGUGUUGCAGCUUCAACAUGAGGAAGAGAGUAAAGUUACGUUGGAGCAAUUGCACAUAAUGCAACAACUGGAGGAGUCCCAGUUGCAGCUGGAUGGCUGCCUGGCAUCCAACAACAAACACAAAAAGGAGGCCAGCGAAUUGGAUGGUAAAAUCAGGGACCUUCUUAAAGCUGACACUGUCACCAGUGUCACGCUGGAGAAGAAUCUGAAAGAGCAGCGUGGGCAUGUGGACAUGGAGAACCAAAAAAUCAGAAGUCUUGAGGAGGAAAAGCAGAAGCUCACACAACUCUUGGACCAGGCAAAGAUAGAUCAGGAGCGACAGGUGACCUUGAUCUCCUCAGAUACCAGCGGAAUGAAGAACAGAUUCACAGUGCUGCAACACGAGGAGGCGGAAUUCUUGAACUUGCACCCCACGUAUGCUCACCCUGACCAACUACUCAGACACAUGACAUUGUGUGAGCGGGAGUACAAGCAGUUGCAACAAACAAUCAUCCAGGAGAACUUGAAGUGUAAAACAGAGAGAGAAAUUAUCGCCAGGAAUAUCUCUGAGAAGCUGAAACUGUUGGAGGAGAAAGAACAAAUUUUGAUGGAAAUGGAAGCAGAGUGCUCUAAGCUGCGAUCCUGGCACAAUGAUCUACUGAGGUUCUCUUUGGAAUUAAAGAGCAGAAAAGAUGGUCUUGAGGCGUCUGCUCAGAGGCUGAAGGAGAAAACAAGCUUGGUGUUGAAACACCAAAAGAAGGCAAAGGUUGAACUGGACAAUGUGAGAGCAACUCGCUUGCAUAGACUUUACCAACAGGCCGCUGAGCUGAAACAAGUGGAGGUGACCCUCUAUAAUUAUGAAGUUCAACUGGAGCAGGCGAGGAAGGGAAACCAACUGACUCGUCUGCAUAUAUGGAAGAUGACAGAGGAGGUCAGACACUCUAAACAGCGCGUGGACUCUUACAAGAGAACGAGGCAGCAAUUCCAUCAGGACAUGCAUGAAGUAAUGAAGGGAGUACAGGCUGUGUGGAUUAAGGAUCAUGCUUUGAUGAUGCUUUGAACCAUUUAAGGUCUCGUGGAGACCUUCUCAGGAAACUUGACAUCCCACCUCAAUCAACAAGUGUUUGAUUCCCAAGGGAGAACUUGGAUGAACCCUGGGCAGAGUUGAUGUUCUUCAUUUAUGUAUAUCAAGUAUUUCGUUUGUUUUAUUUUAUUUUUUCUGUCUACCCAUCUGUGCGUCCAGCUGUCUGUCUUCAUGUUGUUUUUAGAUUGUUUUGUGUGUGUGUGUGUGUACUUGUACUUCUAUCUUUGUGAGAACCUGUAUGAGUUUUUAAUCAACAGAGAACAACCCUCACUUUGUCAAGCCUCAGUUUGAGGGUUAAAACUACAAAAUAGCUGGGUUAUUAUAAUUGGGUUUUAGUUUGGUUCAGAGUAAAGGUUAAAUUUCAGUUUCAGUCUCAAUCAGUUUGUUUUAGAUGGUUAGCUUAAGGGGAGAUGCUGGGAAAAGGGUAAUGUCAAUGUAUUGGUAGUCACUAAGACAGGAAGACAAACUUGUGCGUGUGCACGUGUUUGUGGUUACCUACAUUUUUUUUCUUUUUUAAUUUCUCUGAAUGAUGAUUGAUUUAUUGUUCAGAGAUGUGUGCUUUGUUGUGAUUUAUUAAUUUUAUUAUUAUUGGAUAACUGAACUCAAUCUGUCCGGGUUUUGAGAAUGAAGACUAGGUUUCAUUAAGUUGUACAAAAUUUCCAAGUUGUUUUGUCGAUAUGUGCAUAAGUCCAACUUUAAAGCAUAAAGGCAUUUCCACUCUAACUUUUUAAUUCUAGUUUUUGUUUUACGAAAGGUUUUUCUUUUUUUUUUUUUUUUUUUUGACAUGUUUCUACUGUACGAUGUA